GAGUUUCAGGACGUGUAGGAUGCUGAGUAUCUUUCCUCCUCGCCACCGCUCUCCACCCUGCUCUCCAUGACCUGAGAGCACCACCACAGCGGGAGGAACCAAGCACCAGAACGACAGAGAGGAAGAGGAGGGCAGAAGGCCAAGGACAGGAAGGGACUCUUUGCUAUUUUUUGUUUCCUCCUUCGAGAUGGCUGCGACUGAGGCCAGUACAGCACCUGUGGUCCAGGAGGAUGGAAAAGUUCCAGAAAACAAUCUGGCCGAGGAGCAACCGGCACAAACGGCCAACUCAGAGACUGUCAACAGUGAAGUCGUGGAUAAAGACGGCACGGCCGUCAACAGCGAGGUGGUCGAUAACAAAGAGACUGUGAACAACGACACAGCUGCAGCACCUCCGGCGGGCUCCGAGGAGGGAGGAGAAGCAGCAGCAGCAUCAAGUGGAGAGGCAGAACCUCCUCAGAGCUCUGAAAACACCUCCUCCUCCAAUGAGCCCAAGACCUCAUUCCUGGACUCCUUCCUCAACAAGAGCGGCCUGGGGAAGGUAAUGGGAGGGAGGAAGAAGAAGGAGCACAGCUCCGCCGCAGGAGGAGAGGAGGGUGCCACCGAAGGAGGUGAGAAGGAGGGCGAGAAAGGAGGCGAGGAAGCUGCAGCUGCUGAAGGAGCAGCAGAGGGAGGCGCAGAAGAAGAGGCAACAACAGACAAAACUGCAGAAAAUGGAGAAAAGGAGGAGGAGAAGAAGACCAAACCGGCAGAGACCAAGUCUUCGGUUCGAGAUCUGAUCAGGAAGCCGGUGGCUAGGAUCUUCUCCCAUCGCAGCACUGAGAAGAAGGACGGUGCCUCCACAGAACCAGAGAAACCAGUCAAGGUCCGAUCCAAGUCCCUGGACCGUCUGGAAGACCCCGAAGUACUUAACACCACUGCAGACACCACUGUCGAGGAGAUAGGAGCAGCGGCAGGAGGACGAGCAGAGGACGAGCAAAAAGCCUCAGCCUCCUCAUCAGCCACGAAGCACAUGAAGCGCUGGCACUCCUUCAAGAAACUCAUGGCCCAAAAAGCUCAUAAGAAAAGCGGCGGAGCUGAGGAUGGGAAGGAGGAAGAAGGAGAAGGAGGCGGCGGAGACUCCUCCACGUUGGACUCCAAGGAGUCUGGCCAUAAGAGGUGGAAGCUGAAACGCUCCUGGACCUUCCAGGGCCUUAAGAGGGACCCGUCCGUGGUCGGCAUCAGCGGCAAGACCAAGAACUCAGAGAAGGAGUCCGCCGAGAAGACGGAGGAGACCGCAGGAGGAGCUGAGGAGGGAGAGGAGGCCAAGGCUGAUGCAGGUGUGGAGGAGAACAAGGCGGAGGGAGGAGAGGAGAAGGCAGAGGGAGGAGAGGAGGAGAAGGCUACGUCAGCAGGGGGAGGGACCGUGACGCAACACGCCAAUGAGAUCUGGACCUCCUUCAAGAAACGCGUCAUUCCCAAGAGCAAACGAGCCAACACGGAGUGCGCCCCCACCGCAGAGGAGGACGCUGCUGCCGCCGCCGCCUCAGGUGAGGAGGCCGCUGCAGACGAAGGCAAAGACUCCAAGUCAGCCAAGGCCAAACGCACACACUUUGGCCGUGCGGUGUCCUUGAAGAACUUCAUCAUGCGGAAGGGAAAAUCCAGCAGCGUGGAUCAUGGUGAAAACACCAAGGAAGGAGAGGAGGCUGCAGAGGGAGGCGAAGCGGUGGAAGAGGAAGGUGCUGACGGCGAUGCAGCCGCCGGGACCGAGGAGACCAACGACAAAGGUGCAGAGGCAGCUGAAAAGACGCCGGCAGAGGAGAGCGGCGCCGAGCCAGCAAAAGAACCGGAGAAGACACCGCCCGAAGCUCCGGUCACCAACGGGGAGAACGGCUGCACCAACGGCACGGCUGAGGAGGACACCGUGCAGAAUCACCAGGAGGAGGAGGAGAAGACGACAGAAAGCAGCCUGGUGAAGAAGAGCAAGGAGGCCGGAGGAGUGAAAGACGACGCCAACGCGAAGAUUAUCAACACCACGGCAGCUGUGAACAGUGACAAAAAGGCGGGAAACGUGUGAGGCCACACAAAGAGGAUUAAAACUGCCCAGGAUUCGCUGAGCAAGGAGCUCUGAGCCCCGCCCCCAACUCCUCCUCCUCCUCCUCCAUCCCUCCUCCUUCCUCCCGGUUAAGCGGAGUAAUCUCGUGUUAAUGAUCACCACGGUGAGAGCGCGAGAGAGAAAGAGCUGGAGAGAAGGAUGCAAUUCAUGUAGAUGGGAAUAAAAAAAAAAUACUCAGAAA